AUGUGGCUUAGUCUCGCUCUGCUGCAUGCGCUGCUCCUUUCGUGCGCCACGCAGGCCUCCGCGCACUACGCCUACGACGGCGGAUACGACGUGCUGCGCGUGGGGGAGGUGCGCUACAACGACACCGUGACUUUUCCCGCGAGUGCGGUGACGGAGGUGCGGCGCCGCUACGUCCUGACUGGGCUGGAGCGGGGCCGGCGGUACGUCAUUCACCUCUCGUACUUGGGCUCGCCGUCGAUGGAGUACAGGCUCCACGUGGGGCUGCUGCAGAGGUCCGUGAUAGAGGCCGCGACGCGGGAAGAAGCGGCGCCCGCCGCCCCCGGCCGGCUGAAGCUCGCCGACGUUGCCAUGCUGCAGGUGCGGACACACGCGGAUAACCUGCGCUUCGACUACAUUGACGGCGACGGCGACGUCGACAACGCGGACACGGCGGCGGGGGACCUCGUGCCUGUGCUGGAGGUUCGCGGCAAACGCACCGCCUUCCCGGCGCAGCCCGGCAGGUGGCGGACGUUCUCCUACAACCUGCGCGUGGAGGCGAUGGGGACGACGACGGGGCUCAGCCGCCUCGUUGUGUGGCACGUCGUGUUGGUGCUCACCUCCGUGGUGGUCGUGGUGCUGCUGGUGCCAAAGCUCCUUGCGGCCAUCGCGGGUGACGCCCCGGUGCAGACGCGUCGCCGGCGCGACUUUCUCCUUUUCUUUCUGAACAAAAACGACGAGGUAAGGCAGUAG